AUGGAGGAGGAAGGUGCGGUGUUCAUGCCGGAAGGAGGGGAUACGGGUGAAGAGGGUGGUGGGGAAGGAGAGGAGGAGACAUGGAGGGUGGUCGGCAGAUUUUUGACGCAAAAGUUAAUAAAACUGGAUUUUAUGAGACAGGUAUUAGCUUCAGUUUGGCAGCCGGUGCGUGGGGUGCAUGUAACGGAGAUUCAAAGGGGUUUGUUCUUGUUUGUUUUUUCCCAUAAAACAGAUAUGGACUAUGUUCUGGAUGGGGGUCCCUGGGCUUUUGAGAAUAAUGCACUUGUGUGUCGGGAGGUGUUGGACGGGGUGAAUCCUGUGGAUGUGGAGCUGGAUAUGAUUGAUAUGUGGGUACAGCUGCAUGACAUGCCGAAGGGGUACACAUCUCAUGCAAUUCUGGAGCAGGCGGGGAAUUUUUUGGGGUCUUUUGUUAAGCAUGAUGAGAGAUUUGAAGGGGCACCAUGGUUAACCUUCCACCGUAUUCGGGUAUCAAUUUCGGUUGAUAGGCCGCUUAGGAGAAGGAUGAGGUUGAUGAAGAGAGAUGGGACUACAGCAUGGGUUAAUUUCAGGUAUGAACGGUUGCAUAAGUUUUGCUACUUUUGUGGUUAUAUGGGUCACUUGUACACUUUCUGCCUACAAGCCAUGGAGGUGGGAAUUCCAGUGGAAAGGUACCUGUACGGUCCGGAUAUGCGGGCUGGUGGGUCCCGGAGCGCUCCUAGAGCGGAUGGGGAUAACUGGCUCGUGCCGGUAGGUGGGAGACCACGUCCAUUGGUAGUAAAGCCACGGAUGGUAGAGGCAGUAGACGGGGGUCGGGGAGGUGGGGGAGUCACGCCCACGAGUAUAUCUGAGGAUGAGGUGGUGGUGGCUACGGCAAAGCGUCGUAGGCAUGGGAUGGAGUCUGGGGAGAAUGGUGGGAAUGAUGAGAUAGCAAACAUUGCUGGUUCAAAAAACUUGUCCAUGGCGGGAGCUAGUGUCCAGCCCCGCCCGUCAUCAUGA